CGAGGCGAAGCUCACCGAGGUGCAGGGAGCCGAGCCAGAGCUCCGCCAGGAACUGCGGAAAGCGAGGGAUGACUACAGCGUGGCCACAGGUGUCAUCUCUUCCUUGCAAAGACAGCUAGAGAUCCAGGAAUCCCAGCUUCGGAGAGCCACGUCUGAAAAGGAAACGCUCCAAAAGAAGCUCAGAGAGCAGGAAAAGCAGCUACAGGCCCUGUCUGCCAAGUUUUGCAGCCUGAGAGAAGGAGAGAAACCCGAGGCAAUGACGGCGACAAUAGAGGAGAACUGCAGCCUGCGACAGGUCGUCGCAGAGCAAGAAUCCAAACUGGCCGAGCAGAACAAGCUGAUCAGCGAGUUAGAGGGGACAGUCAGGCAGCUGCAGGCAGAGGUGCUGAGGGGCCGAUACCGCAUCCACGAGCAGCAACGCGCCCAGCAGGCGACACAGAGCCAAGUUGAGAUGCUGCAGCACAGGGAGCUGCAAGCCAGGGUGGCACUGGAGCGUGUCAGCAGCAGGUUUGAAAGAUACCGAAGCAAAAUCCUUCAGGCCACGUUCAGCACGGGAGGCAGCAAGGCUCCGCAGGCAGAGCUGGCGGACGAGGAGGUGCUGGAGGCGAUGCAGAAAAUCAUUAACGAACGGCUGGAGUUCCUUCAGAUGCUGAGACAGAAGGGCAUCAAGGUCCCAUCGCUCUACAGCAUCGACGCGACUUUAUCACCUGCCAGCGCGAGGGAGAGGAGGAAGAGCCCUGCGAGGUAGGAGCCUGAGGCACUGCAGCAGCCUCAGGCCCCUGCUCCUUGGUUUUGAGUCUUACUAACAAAUUAAACUCAUUUGACUGAAAUCGAGUCCUGCAGGAAUAUCUGAUUCGGUUGUUUCCGCCACCUCAGAGCACAACUGACUGUAACUCACCGCAGAAACAGCCGCGCUCGGAGGGAGGCCCGAGCACUGCGUCGUGUUACCGUUUUUGCAGCACACGAUGGCUGCUUUGGCGAGUUUGUGUCGUUACACGACCGGCAAACUCACCAAUGCCAGAACAAGGGACAGCGACAUGUGACCGCAAGAACUCUUUUUAUUUUUCCAUUCAACACCCAAGUCCCAACACGUAUUUGACACGGUAGCUAGAAGUGCAGUUAGAGCUCUGUAUUUUUUAACAG